AUUAAAUUUAAAAAAAGGCAAAACCUCCCAAGUAAGUCGGUGUCUUGUUGCUUUCUAUCUCUCUCUCCGUAAAGGUCAAGCGUCGCCUGUAAAUUGAAAUCAAGAGCUUCCGAUUCCGAAUAACUUGCAUUUAUCGACGAAGGUCCUUCUUCAAAGCGUCGGUUCGGCCGAUGCAUUGCCGUCUGCAAGAUCGGCAGUGGUUUCUGAAAUGCCAAUGUUUUUCACCGCGGAGAUUGUUUGCAUGUUUGAAGAUCAAAGUUGUUGAUCUCCUUUUUCCUGGACUUCCUUCUUGUAACAGUACUAAUUAUAACGGACUUGUGAUAUUUGUUUCGAUAGAUCUUCUUGUUUUGGCUUUCUGCAAUUGAUGCUCUAGACUCUCGAGCGUGAAGUUCCGGAAAACGAUCUCGAAAAAACAAGCAGUUCUUUUAUAUGAGAAUAAAGAGAUAAUGGAUAGCUACAUUGUGGUUGUAUGAGAAAUCCAGAUCAAUAGCGAAUUGGUCUAGGUUAAUAUGUUGUUUUCUUCUCCCGUAGCUUAAAUAAUCAAUACUCUGGUAGUUUUGGGGCACCGCCUGAUCUUUUAACCAGAUGACAAGAAGCUAACGGACGAACCUUUUUUAUACAUAAAUUUAAACCUAAUUUUUUGUUCAAAGGUUAUAUUUUCAUUGUCCGAUAAAAAAAAGAAGGAAUUGAACUUCUGUAAAUUUUGCAUUUUGGUGAACAAAUUUUUAAUUGUUACAAUUUUUUUUUGGUGCUUGAUGUUACAAUGUCCGAGACAGGUUCAAUGACGUUCUAAUCACUUUCUGAACCUUGUCUUCCUUGGUGAAGAGCAGCUUGGCUUCCAAGUGGAAAAGAGAGGAAUCUUGAGUGUAAUGGCCUCUGAGAGGGAAGUUUUUGAACUUUCAGGGCCAUUACACUUAACUCCUGUUAAUUGGGAGAAUGCCGAUCACAGAAGGUCAGUUGCUGCUUGUUUGGUUCAAGGUGUCUACAUAUUAGAACGGGAUCGACAGGAGAAGCGUCAAGGUUCUCAGGCCUUAGCUCCCCGCUGGUGGGAAUUCUGCCACUUUCGGUUGCUUCGUCCACUCGUCGAUGAUGUUGACUCUUCCAUUUUUGGUGCCGUUUAUGAAUUUAAACCAGUGUUGCUUCAAGGCGACCACAAGAACGAUGGGAGUCCCCGUUAUGUGAUUGCCUUCCGAGGCACCCUGACCAAACCAGAUUCUGUCUCUCGUGAUAUAGAGUUAGAUCUCCACUUCAUUCAAAAUGGUCUUCAUCGGACAUCACGGUUUGAGAUCGCAAUGCAAGUAGUCAGAAACAUGGUUGCUACUGUUGGUGAUUCAAAUCUCUGGUUAGCUGGCCAUUCCCUGGGGUCAGCCAUGGCAAUGCUCACUGGAAAAACCAUGGCAAGAACAGGCAUUUUCCUCAAAUCAUAUCUCUUCAAUCCACCAUUCUUCUCUGCACCAAUCGAGAGAAUCAAGGACAAGAAAUUGAAACAUGGAAUACGGAUUGCUGGCAGCGUUAUCACAGCAGGACUUGCCUUUGCUUUGAAGGCCAGUAGCAAUAACCAGAGGAAUCCACCCGAGGAACCCUUUUUUGCCAUUUCAGCAUGGGUACCAUCUCUAUUUGUUAAUCCAUCAGACCAUAUAGGAUCAGAAUACAUUGGAUAUUUCGAACACAGGAAGAACAUGGAAGAGAUAGGUGCAGGAAGCAUCGAGCGAUUAGCAACCCGAAACUCGAUCGGAGGUCUUUUGAUGAAUGCAAUUGGGAGGGAUUCAGAGCCGCUUCAUCUCAUUCCAUCAGCAAACCUGAUCACAAAUUUAUCCCCUGUACAGGACUUCAAACAAGCUCAUGGCAUUCACCAGUGGUGGCAACCACAUCUGCGGUUGCAGUCAAAUAUCUAUAGGUACUCCUAGAUAUUUCUGCUUUUGAACUUGUAAGACCUGUAUUUUAUCAAUUAUGUAUUUACGGUGGAUUAGCAUUUGAGAAUUGUUUCUUCGUAGGUUAAAUUGCAAAUUGUUAACGGAGCUAAACCAUUCCAUUUUGUUUAGGUUAUCCUUGUUUAUAAUCUGACAAGGGAAAAUCUACACCUUCAUGGAUA